UCUCUACCUACUCUCCCCUGCAUCCGCACCGAUAAUGACAGAGCUCUAUUUAUGGCGUCCAUUACCAAAGCUUAAAAUCCCAUCUCCUUCACCCGCGACCCUAUUUCUGCUCCGCCGCUCAACAACUUCCUUUCCUUCGUCAUCGCGGUCGCCAUCAGUAAUGGGGAGUGAAGUGGAAGUGGUAGCCGACAUUGCUUUCCCUAAGCAGAUCGUCAAGGCCAACCCGUUGUCUUUGUUUGGUCAUGGAAUUACAGAGAUAGAGAUUCAUUUUCUACAAAUAAAGUUGACUGCCAUUGGAGUUUAUUUGGAGCCUUCAAUUGUGGAGCAUUUGCAGCAAUGGAAGGGAAAAGCUGCUAAGGACUUAGAGGAAGAUGAUGACUUCUUUCAAGCUAUUGUUUCUGCUCAAGUGGAGAAGGUUAUAAGAGUUGUGGUGAUCAAAGAGAUCAAAGGGUCACAAUAUGGGGUGCAAUUGGAGAGUGCAGUUAGGGAUAGAUUGGCAGCUGAUGACAAAUAUGAGGAAGAAGAGGAAGCUCAAUUGGAAAAAAUUGUUGAAUUUUUUCAGUCCAAAUAUUUGAAGGCACAUUCUAUUAUAAUCCUCCAUUUCCCAUCAGCUUCAACCAUUGCUGAGAUAGAGGUUUCAUGUGAUGGAAAAGAGGACUCAAAGAUGAAAGUAGAGAAUGAAAAUGUGGUUGAGAUGAUUAAGAAAUGGUACUUGGGAGGGACUAGAGGUGUGUCUCAACCAACCAUAUCAUCAUUGGCUAACAAUCUUGCCAUUGAGUUAUCUAAAUGAACCCAAUAAUUGCCCCUUCUACUACCUUUGGACUUCUUACACAAUGUUUUUUUUUUUUUUAGUUAUUGUAACCGUGAUGACAAUCAAAUAUAUGUAAUUGCUGUUAAAAUCAAGUACGCUAAGUAAGUAUCGAGAUGAGAAUUUAAACAUUUGAACUCUUGGUUGAAGAUAUCUAUGUAAGUGUUAAAACUUGUUUUCAGGGUUAUUAGACGGUUAUCGGUUUUGUUUUCU